AUGGACAGUCGUUCCCUUCUUCCCUCUUCGUCCUCCACGUCGUCCGCGUCAAUACGAUCUCCGCAUCAGCAAGCACCACCGAAAUAUUCCAGAUAUCGAGCAGUCCGGAAGGCCGCAGAGACAAAGACAAUUCAGAAUGGGGAUGCGGCUGCACAGCCCUUUCCGACCACCUCACGCACGGCUAAGUUCCCGUCGAGCUCUCCUUCGUUCUCCGAGACACAGAAUGAAUCCAUCAAGCGCAGCAUGUCGAGAUAUCGACACGCGAAGCCUGGUGGUGCAACCAGGGCUGUACAUUCUGUCCCUCCUCCCCCGCCGUUUCCUGCUGCAGUGGCAUUACCCACCCGCCCACACACACAGGGAGACUGCAUGCAAGACCCUCAUGAAGGAGAACGAUCCGAGGCUGCCAUGAAGCAGCAUCGCACGAGACGUAUCGCGCGCCAAGACCACCCAGGCACGGCACGGACAUCCUACACGUCCAGUGUACCGAGAGCUGCACAGUCAGCUGGUCAAAGUAACAGUGAAAAUGGCUUAUCGGGUGUGCGAGUGGUCCCUGUGGAUAACGACACGGAAGAUGCAAAAUCGCCUCCUGGGUAUUCCCCACUGGAGACGGAUAGCGGUUCGUCCAGCAUGGAAGAAUCUGGAAGCCGUCGAUCGCGUGCAAACGCCCACAGCUCAUCGAGCGAGUCACAUAGUACACCAACUACUUCAAAGCUACGCACCGUUGUGGAGCCAAGAAUGCUAGACAUUCGGGACCAAGUGGAAAACAUCACCAAUGAAGAACUCGCCGCAAAUGAGAGAGCGACUGCAGCGCUUAAUGGUUCAAAACUGAGACAACUAAAAGUGAAACCGAAGAGCAGCGGGUUCUUGUCACGGAUGAAGGCCUUGAAUCCUACUUCGAGCUCGAAACUGAACAACAACGGCAACGGCGACAGCCAUUACCAUAACGAUCGCGAAAAAUUGAAGACACUUAUCUCCUCUCCGCAGCCAAUCGCCCAGGACAAGGUCAAGGUGGCUGUGGGUAGUGAAGUGCCCAUCUCCGCUGUCAACGCGGGAACAAGAAAGGUCCUCGUAACCUGCAACGACUCGUUGAUAUCCCUCCCAAUUACCCCAAGCACGCAGGCACAGGACCUCUUAAAUUCUGCAGCGUACUCUUUGUCGGAGAACAUCGACCCACAAUCUUCAAUUCUCUUGGAAUCUUUCAAGCAGCUCGGUUUAGAACGACCAUUACGAAGAUACGAACAUGUGCGUGAUGUCAUGAAUUCGUGGGAUUGCGAUGCGCAGAACCAUUUAGUCGUAUCGCGACUGCCGGAUAUGCGCGAAAGGGAGGGCCUCGAUAUCAAGCUGGCUCCUCGUAAGCAGCCCUCGGAAUCCGAAUUCCAUCUUUACCACUCUCAACGCCACGGCAAGUGGGAAAAGCGUUGGGUAACCCUGCGGUCAGAUGGCCAGGUCUCUGUUGCGAAGAAACAGGGCGGAGAGUCCACGAAUAUCUGCCAUUUAUCGGACUUCGAUAUUUACUCGCCUACGUCACGGGAGACGGCGAAAAGAGUCAAGGCUCCGAAAGGCAUAGUUUUUGCCAUUAAGAGCCAGCAGAAAUUGAACAUGUUCGUAACGACGGAAAAUUACGUGCAUUAUUUUGCUACCAAUGACGAACAAACAGGGUUGGAAUGGUAUAAGGCUGUUCAGCAAUGGCGAAGCUGGUAUCUCGUGAACGCUCUGUGCGAAAGCGAUAAAACGGAGAAAGCAUCGGUCAAUUCAAAUCCGAAACCUACGCGAACGGGAUGUCAGAAUACCAUGUCAAAUGGUCGCCAGAAUUCCGAUGAUUCCACUCCCUAUCAACUCGGAUCGUUCAAACCGCUUCUGGACAUGGAUAUGUCGGCGUGGAAAAUCGAGCCUGUGAGGAACAUUCCUGAGGGUAACGAGCCAUCCAAAUCAAAAACGGUUUCCUCCCCCGGUCGCUCAAUGCAUACUCAAAAACGACCCUUCACAUCCGCUGGAAAGCCCAAAAAGGAGCCUAUCAAUGCAUCAAGUCCCGACCCGUUUACUUCUACUGGCUUACUUGGCAAAACAUAUAGCGAACGCAAAAAAGCUCUGGAAGAACGCGAAAAUGACACCCCCCAAUACGGCUUCACCGGCCUUGGACUUCUACGCAACGUAGCAGCCGAAAACUCAACACGCCCAGCAAUCGCCUCCAGCAAUCGCUCAAGCCGUCGGAGCAGUCGCGACUGCGCAGCACCGCCAAACCCCACCAGCCCCACCAGCCCCAACGGUAGCGCCAGCAGCUCCUUCAGCCGAUCCAAGUCGAUCAAGCAGAAACCUAAACCCCUCAUCGACCUCACGCCCGUAUAUCAAGAACCGCCCCAGCACGCGCGGAGAGGCCGAGGUGUACCCGCAGGACCCGGGAAACCGCUAGUCGAGGCUGCCACAAGCCCUGAAGUACUUCCCGGCGCCAUCAUAGUCCCCAGCGCAACCACCUGGCGCAAACCACAGGCACAGCCAUCACAGCUGCCCACAUCACCUGACAUUGCCCACCCAAACCCCAGCCGUGGCGGCGGCGGAAGCGCCCACCCGAAUCGCCCGACGACAUCAUCCCACACUCCCAGUAUCGGACCCCUCGAACGAGCCGCCACAUUCCACAACAGCAAUAUCAACGAGCACACGCCGCCAAUGCCACUACCUGAAACACCCCAAGCGCAAGCUCACGGAUCCCCCUUCGCGCCCACAGGCCUGCUGGCGCGCGCAGCUACCAUUAGCGCCGCGCGCGGCGGUGCCCGGCCUGACACUGGCCGCGGUGUGGCAACGGGGGAUAGGAAUAAUUUCAAGAAGCCGAUGCUGGAUAUAUCGCAGGAUAGCCAGUUUGCAGAAGGGAGUUUGUUGAGAGGGGCGGAGGUUGACAAGGUGGGGAAGGGGGCCAAGGUUCCUGUGGCUGUGCCGGUUAUUGAUCGGGGGUGA